UACAGUAGUGUGACUCAUGCGGUCUACGAGGGUUAGGCUACCACGUUCAGGACUGAGUUCUCAAAUCAGCCUUCUAAGAAUGAUUACUGUGUUUUAUGUUAGCUGGAAAGACACUACUAGUGUUUAAACGCCACAGAUGUGUUCAGAAGUAAAUUCAGGGACAUUUCAAUCAUUGCACAAGCCAACAAAGACAGGGUACUUGGCAAUUAGAAUGGAAGAACUGAAAAAAAAUAGACAAUCUUCUGGUAGUGAAAAAGUGAACACUUCAGAUAGUAAAGACACCCGAAUUAUUCCACCCGCCAAGUCUCUCCAUUCGCGGUUGACUCAUCGAUUUUCUUUGAAACCUGCUCAACAGGAAGUUACCUCCAAACUUGACCGGUUGCGACCUGCUAAUCAGACUAGCAUAUUUAAAAAGAGCACAGUUUCCAAACGGCGUUUGUUAUCCACAUCAGGAGAUGAAGAAAGAGGUACAGUCUCUAACAUUUCUCAUUCCCCAUUGGGUUCCAAUCAAAACGACCGAGCUAAAGACUUUAAGAAAGGUGAUCACUCAUCUCCUGGUUCGAGAAAACACAAGAUGCUACAAACUAAAAUAUCUUUGGCGGAACCUCUGAACACUUCUGAGGAGACUAGUAGUGUGGCCUUCUUGAAGACACGUUCUCAAACUAAGCCUAAACACCAGCCAGAGACUUCAAGAAACUACAGGCAAAAAAAUGUGGAGAACAAAGUACAAGUAAAGAAGUCUCAACAGAAGAAAGACGACAACAAAUUGAUUAUAUCGAAUGAUGAAAGAUUAGACCACAAGAAAAAUGGUCGCCGUGUUCUGAAAUCUAAGGAUCAUUUAUUGGCAUGGUUUUCUUUUACCAAAACUACAGGGAGUAACAAUGCCACAAAACACAUGGCUGUAGGAGAUGACUUGCAUUUGUCUGGUAUGCCUUCAGGUUCGAGGAUUCCUACUCCUGAUAGCAAAAACGGCCAAGAACUGAAAUGUGAAGACAACAAAGAAAGAACAGAAUUACAAAGAUCUAAUACAGAUGCUUUAUUAGGUAAGAAAACUUCAUUUGCACUAACUCAAAAGUGUUUAGAAGUCCCAACAAGUGAUAAUGAUGCUAAAAGUGAUUCAGAAAUAGUGGUGAGUAAACGAGAUGUUGUUCGUAGACAUGAUAGUGCUGUUGAGUCAGCACCAGAAGAAGACGAAGCUGUUACGGCAAACGGCACUUCUCCAGAUGGGAGAUUCCUCAAGUUUGAAGAAGAAGUCGGACGUGGAUCUUUCAAAACUGUAUACAAAGGAUUGGAUACAGCUACUGGGGUAUCAGUUGCUUGGUGUGAGCUUCGAGUAAGUAGACAUGCUCUUAAAUAUAUGUUAUAA